AUGAAUAAUCAAAAUGAUGGUGAGGAUCAUGUACAAAUGUUAACAGAUGUUUGCCAAAAUGUUUGUACAUUUAUCAAAACAAUAACAAUGAAUAACAUGUCAAAUGUUGAUAAGUUAAAUACCUUUGAAAUAAAAAUUAAUGAUUUGCAAUGUAUUUGUUCUGAAUUAAAAACUAAAUUAGAACAAAUUGAUGAACAACGUGAUGGAAAUCCUUCUGAUUUAUUAAAGAAAUCUAAACAAACCACAUUAAUGCUUCGACCACAAAAAGAAAAGGUGAAGAUGGAUAUUACUACUCUCAGCAGUCCUACACCUAAAAUAUCAGUAUUAAAUUCUUCUAGUUUGUUUAGUCCCGAGAUAUUAAAUUUGAGAAAUUAUACAACUAAUGAUAAUACAAUAUGUGAAACUAAUAUAAUUCAUAAUACAGAACUAAAUGAUUCGACUAAUAUUUCUUCAAAAACAAUUAUUUCACAUAGUCAAACUGAAAAACAUGAUCAUUCAAAUGAUGAAACCAAUUGUAGCCCAGUAAAUAUAUCAAUGAGUGUUUUAAAUAAUGCAACAACACUUAAAAAGCAAAUCAAAAUUCCUAAUGGAAAUUUAUUAGAUAGUUUUGAUAUUAUUCCUGGUUUGAAUGAUAAGAAAAAUGACUUACCCAAUUACAAAUUUAAAGAAGAUCCUGUCAGAAAACAUAAUGAACGAAAGUUGUUAAAUGGUUGGGAUUGUAAAGACUGUUGCAAAUUUUAUGAAGAAAAUAAUGAUAAUCCUAUAGAUGCAAAAAAUGCCAUGAAUCACUUUUCAAGACAUCGUUCUCAUAAACAUCAACAUCACCCUCCAACACCACCAGGAUUUUGGGAUCCAAUGUAA